CUCGAGUCGCGCGGCGCGCACCGAGUGUUCGAUCGAUCAGGUGCGAGGCGGCGGCGGCGGCGGCCGUGGGUUGCGUUUUCCUUGGGAGAACGGGAAGAAGUCGCGAGGAGAGAGCGGUUGCGGUGCGGGCGACUCGCGUGCGGCAUCGGCGCGAGAUCACGCGCUUGUUGCCGCUGCGGUUACUGCGCCGCGCGGCCGUUUCCUGUUGCGCGCCGGGAGGGAGGAGGGUUUGGGGCGAUGGGCAACGCGGUGGGCAAUGCGGGCGCGGCGGAGGGGAGGAAGAGGGCGGCGGCGGCGGACGCCAUGGGUGCCUCCUACGAGCUCGUCAGGACCGACGACGCGGCUGGGCGCGCGUUGGAUCUGGAGGCCGCCCGGUGCGCCGCCGUAUGCCCCAAGGGCAGCGCCGGCCUCGCGCAACCCUCGCCGCCGCUUCCGUCUCCUGCGCCGCCCCGGCAGCGGCUCGUCUCGCUCGACGUGUUCCGAGGGAUCACCGUGCUGCUUAUGAUCCUCGUGGAUGAUGCUGGAGCGUUUCUCCCAGUAAUUAAUCACUCGCCAUGGGACGGUGUAACCGUAGCUGAUUUCGUCAUGCCUUUUUUCCUUUUCAUUGUUGGAGUCGCUCUAGCUCUAGCGUACAAGAGAGUACCAAACAAAUUGGAGGCAACUAGAAAGGCAAUUCUCCGUGCACUGAAGCUGUUUUUUGUUGGUCUUGUUCUUCAAGGUGGAUUUUUUCAUGGUGUUCGCAGUCUAACUUUUGGAGUUGAUAUGCAAAAAAUACGUUUGAUGGGAAUACUGCAGAGAAUUGCAAUAGCUUACAUUGUGACAGCACUAUGCGAAAUUUGGCUCAAGGGAGAUGAUGAUAUAGAUUCUGGAUUUGAUCUGCUGAAGAGAAACCGUUAUCAAUUGUUCAUUGGCUUGAUUGUGACGAUCGUAUACAUGGCUUUCUUAUAUGGUACCUACGUUCCUGACUGGGAAUAUCAAAUAUCUGUUCCUGGUUCCACGGAGAAAUCUUUCUCGGUGAAAUGCGGUGUAAGAGGCGAUACUGGACCAGGUUGCAAUGCAGUUGGCAUGAUCGACCGCAAAAUCUUGGGCAUCCAACAUCUCUAUGGUCGACCAGUUUACGCUCGAUCUAAGCAAUGCAGUGUAAAUUCACCACAAAAUGGACCACUUCGUCCUGAUGCCCCCUCAUGGUGUCAGGCCCCCUUUGAUCCUGAAGGACUUCUCAGUUCUGUGAUGGCUAUUGUCACCUGCUUGAUUGGUCUGCAGUAUGGGCACGUAAUUGUACAUUUCCAGAAACACAAGGAGAGAAUCAUGAAAUGGCUAACCCCUUCCUUCAGCAUGCUAAUCCUUGCAUUCUCAUUGGACUUCUUCGGAAUGCGUAUGAACAAGCCACUGUACACCGUGAGCUACGCUCUGGCCACCGCCGGCGCCGCGGGGCUCCUUUUCGCCGGAAUAUACGCGCUGGUCGACAUGUACGGCCACCGGCGGCCGACCGCCGUCAUGGAGUGGAUGGGGACGCACGCGCUCAUGAUCUACGUCCUGGUCGCCUGCAACAUCCUGCCCAUCUUCAUCCACGGGUUCUACUGGAGAGAGCCCAAGAACAACCUCUUGAGGUUAAUUGGAGUUGGAGCAUGAACUACGGAUGCAGCAGCUAGACGGCACGUAUAGAGAUGUAUUUAGGACACUAUUUGGACAGAGACAACGAGGCGUGUGCAGGCCUGGUUUUGCUACAGGCCUAGUCGUUGCACAGACUCGUUCUUUCUGAGAGAGAGCUCUGUAUAUGGUAAACGAGCCCUGUGUACACCAUGACAACACGAUCGUAAAGGAAUAUAUAGCGCAGAAGAAAUAUCAGCCUCACAGCCCAAACGUGAAUAACUGCAUAAUGACUAUAAUGCGACUAUCAGUUCGGAUAAAUUCAUUGCCAUGGCACUGUUCACUCACA